GGUAUUUUUCCUCAGUUGGACUCUGACAGCAAACAACAAACGCUGCUUUCUUUUUUUUUUUCACACUUUACGCCUUAAUUUUGCCGACAUGAAUCGUAUAUUUGGUAGUGGUAAACCCAAAGCUCCGCCACCGAACCUGACGGACUGCAUUGGAAGCGUUGAUUCUCGGGCAGAAUCCAUUGACAAGAAAAUCGCCAGACUAGAUGCUGAACUUGUGAAAUACAAAGAUCAGAUGAAAAAGAUGAGAGACGGACCUUCAAAGAACAUGGUCAAGCAAAAGGCAAUGAGAGUUCUGAAGCAGAAGAGAAUGUACGAGGGCCAGAGAGACAAUCUCAUGCAGCAGUCGUUCAACAUGGAGCAAACAAACUACACAAUCCAAUCACUUAAAGACACUAAAACCACAGUUGACGCCAUGAAGCUCGGCCUUAAGGACAUGAAGAAAGCAUACAAGCAAGUGAACAUUGAUAAGAUUGAGAAUAUUCAAGAUCAGCUGGAGGACAUGAUGGAGGACGCCAAUGAGAUCCAGGAGGCGAUGAGCCGAAGCUACGGCACACCUGACAUCGAUGAAGAUGACUUGGAAGCAGAGCUGGAUGCUCUGGGAGACGAGCUCCUGAUGGACGACGACAGCUCUUACCUGGACGAGGCCUCGUCUGCUCCCUCCAUCCCAGAGGGUCUGCCUGGUGACAAGUCAAACAACAGGGAUGGCGUCCUGGUGGACGAGUUUGGCCUUCCUCAGAUUCCUGCAUAAAGCUGCAAUCAGAACCUGCAACAUGCUAGUUUUACAUGUAUCAUAGCCUUUUUUGUAUUUAUCCAAACAACACUCCUGGCCUUAGAGGACAUCAAUGAAACCACAGCUUCUUCUUUCCAGUGAAUGGUAGAAACUGUAAUGUAUAAUCAGGCAUCUUUAAUUGAAGGUUUUGAUUACUACUCUUUAUGUUGUGGUGAUUGUUGGAAUUGGGGCUCUUUUAUCUUUGUACAGUUUCUGCAGGACUGAGAUGCAAACAGCAAAAUAAAUUAUAUUUUUCAAACAAUA